AAUUAUCUCUUUCCCAAACUAUCGACGAAUUCCAAAUACCCUAUCAUAAAACCAACCCUACGAAGUCCACCAGCUAUCUUCUGUGAAAAUGUCAGCUUCGAGAUUUUUUGGUUCCUUCGGAGCAUCAAUUUUCCGGAGCCGCCACCACUCCUGGGCAGCUCCUCGGCCUCCCAUCCGCUUCGCCAACCCCCACCGCUAUUGCUCGUCCGCGGUAGCUUCCGACUUUGCUCAUGCAGUUCCGGUUAGCUCUGAGAAUCCCGCCAAUGCUCGGAACCACCCUUGGCCGGAAUGGACUAGCUUUGUUGACUGUUUGAAAACCAAAGGGUACUUAACGGAAAGUAGAACUGCUUCAUCUCCGGGUGAUAUCGCGAGCGAAGGAAAUGGGAACGAGUUAGCUUAUGCGGAUAUGAAUAUACUGAAAAAUGCUUGUCUCAACUUCAGUCGUGACCGUUUCGACAUUCUAAAAAUGUUGUCUACCGAAGAUAUGCAAGCAGUUGUAGAAAAGGGAUGUCCUAAUCUAUUUCGGAAGGCUGUUAAUUCAGCAAAAAGAUUGAGAGUCUAUCUACAGCUCGAUGAAGGACAUGCAUGUGGUGCAUGCAAUUUGCGGGGUUCAUGUGAUAGGGCCUAUGUGUUAUUAAAAGAACUUGAAGGAGAUGCACGUACAGUGGAUAUUGUACGCAUCCUGUUGUUGUAUGCGCUGGAUCCACUGGUGAUUUCAGGGGGAGAGAAGCCUCCUGGUAGAGAGCUUAUUGAUGCAUCUGUAAGAAAAUUGCUGUUGGAGUUGAUUGAGCUAAGCGAAACACCUAUAGAUCCGAAAAUAACAAAACCUACUCCCAAAGCUUUUUUGGAAAAGAAGCGCACUUCUGAUUCCAUAGUAGAUGAAGGCUUGGAAAGCAAUGAAUUGAAAAAUGGACAUUUGAUGAGGCGUGAGAUAAAUACACAUAGAAAGGUUGGCAAGGAUGAUGUUAAAAUGAAAAAAGGAGAUUGGAUAUGCUCUGGGUGCAACUUUAUAAACUUCUCCAGGAAUAUGCAAUGCUUGAAAUGCAGAGCAGAGGCGCCAGAGAGAGUUACUGAAAAUGAUAUUGAAAUGAAAAAAGGAGAUUGGAAGUGCAUAACAUGCACGUUUAUAAAUUUUGCGAGCAGAAGUAGCUGUAAAAGAUGUGCAGGGCCACGCCCCAAAAGGCAGCUAAAUCCCGGGGAGUGGGAGUGUCCCUCAUGUGACUUCUUGAACUAUAGAAACAACAUGGUCUGCAAGAAAUGUAAUCACGACCGCCCCAGAGAUCUACAGGCUAAGAAACAAUAUGAAGACCAGUUAUGGAAGAAGCCUUAUUAAGUAGAUACAUUUAAGCCAAUGCUUUUUCUUGUAAUUAACAGACUCUUGAAAUUUUUGUUAGCUGAGAUGUAACAAUUAACAAGUGAGUUUUAUAUAUUUUUCAUUUGGUAUAAGUCAAGAAUCCUUUAUAG